AUGGUGAUCACCGACGGGCAGCGCCUUGUGACCGAGCAGCUGCAGGAUGAGAGUAGUAUGGAUGGAGUGCAGCAGAGUGGGGGGAUGGAGAUAGGGGAGCAGCAGAUAGAGGUGCAGCAGAGUGGGGAGCUGCAGAUAGGGGAGGAGCAGAUUGAGGACCAGCAGAUGGUGGACCGGCAGCCAGGGGAGCAGCAGACAGGGGAGCCGCAGACGGGGGAGCAGGAGAUGUGGGGAAUUAGAGAUGGUGGUCGUGUGUUGGUUUCUGGGACGACCACUGCGUCGCUCCACUCGCAUCACUCGUGGUGUCCCGCCUAUGAGGAAGAGGAAGAAGAGGAGGAAGAGGAGGUGGACGAUGAUGAGGAAGAGGAUGAGAAGAGCGGAGGCGCAGCAGGCGGUGAAAAGGAGAAGCCGAAGAAGUUCCGGUUCUUCCCCCAGCUGCUAGCAGCAGCGCCCAUAGGCGCGGGGCAGCUGCUGCUGCGCCUGCCCCUGCCCCUGCUGCUCAACGCCUCGCGCUGCUCCGCGCCCUUCCCCCGCCACCCCCUCCCCCCACGCCUCCCCCUUUCCCCCGAAGGCGACCUCGCCGCCUGCCUGCUGCUGCUACAGCAGCAGGGGGAGGGGGGCGAGCCGGGGAAGGGAGUGGCGGAAGGAGAGGGGGAAGCUGCGGGGGAAGGUGAGGGAGUGGGUGAGAGCUGGGGAGCGCAAGUGACUCCUGCUGUGCUGCCGGCGCUGCUGGCGUCCCGCACGGCCCACCUGCUGCCCAUGCUCAGAAACGACCUCCCCCACCUGCCCCUCCUCCACCAGGUCCGCCCUCCCCCUCCCCCUCCUUCUCGCUCUCCACCUUGCCUUCCCCUUCCCCCUCCUUCUCGCUCUCCACCUUGCCUUCCCCUUCCCCCUAAGCUCCCCUCACCUCCCCCACUUCCCAAGUUCUUGCUCCCUGCCUUGGCUCAGAGGCAGCAGUACGAGCACGAGUAUGCCAACUGGACCGCCACAAUUAGCACCACCACUGGCAGCAGCAACAGCAGUGCUGUGUCGCUGCCGUCGCUGCAGCAGUUUCUGGCGACGGUGGCGGCCGUGAGGGCGCUGGCUCUGCCCAUGCGCCUGCCGCCCCUGCCGGAGGGGGAUGCGGAGGGGGAGGAGCAGGGGGGCAGGGGGAAGAAGGGCGGGAAGAAGGGCGGAAGGAGGGGAGGGAAGAGGCAGAAGAAGCAGAAGCAGCGGCGGUUUGAGCUGACGGUGGUGCCUCUCGUAAAUGCUGUAGCGCGGGCCAAUGAGAGGAGCCAAGGGAACGUGCGAUGGGAGCCAGCUCACCCACGCGGGGUUCCACCUGAGGGCGUCUGCAUUCCCUUCUCCCUUACAAUCCCUUUAUCCCCACCCCACCCUCCCCCCCUCUCUCCCCGCAAUCCGCAGCUCACCCACGCGGGGUUCCACCUGAGGGCGUCAGAAGCCAUUCCCACCGGGGCUGCCCUCGUGCUGCCUCUCAACGGCGGCCUGCCCGACCCGCUGCAAGCAGCAGCAGCGCAUGCAGGGGCGCAGGGGACAGCAGCAGACAGGGAGAGCGAGGAGGAGGAUGGGGAGGGGGGAGUGCACUUGACAUCAUUGGAGGAGGUGGAGGAGGCAGACAGCCACGUGUCGCCGGUCACGCUGCUCUCGAACGACGAUGCCUUCCUCUCCCUCGGGAUCAUCUCCCUCUGCUCCGCCUUUGAUCGCGUCCAGCUCGUCCCGUCGUACGAUGCACACACUCAGCACGUAUUGCUCAGCACAUCCUCAUCCGCCUUUUCCUCUGUCACUUUCUCUUCUUCAGCCCCCCCUUCCUCUUUUUCGAAUCUCUACCCGUCAUACGAUGCGCUCACGCAGAGCGUCCUCAGUGCAGCGCACGUGAACCCCGACUUCAAGCUGUCAGCCUUCAUGAAGCUGGCUGAUCGCGUGCGCACAGCGCUGCUCAAGGAGGUGAUGUGGUGGGGGAGGGGAGGAAAUGGCACUCACACUCACACCCCACCCAUGCCCCUAUCUCCCCUCUCUCUCCCCUCCCUCUCCCCCCCUUCUCUUUCCACCCUUCUCCCCUCCCCUUCCCCCCCGCAUCAGCUCUACCCGUCAUACGACGCGCUCACGCAGAGCGUCCUCAGUGCAGCGCACGUGAACCCCGACUUCAAGCCAUCAGCCUUCAUGAAGCUGGCUGAUCGCGUGCGCGCUGCACUGCUCAAGGAGGUGCUGUGUUGGGGGGAGGGAGGAAAUGGCAAUCACACCCACACCCCACCCAUGCCCCUAUCUCCCCUCUCUCUCCCCUCCCUCUCCCCCCCUUCUCUUUCCACCCUUCUCCCCUCCCCUUCCCCCCCGCAUCAGCUCUACCCGUCAUACGACGCGCUCACGCAGAGCGUCCUCAGUGCAGCGCACGUGAACCCCGACUUCAAGCCAUCAGCCUUCAUGAAGCUGGCUGAUCGCGUGCGCGCUGCACUGCUCAAGGAGCUCUACCCGUCAUACGAUGCGCUCACCCAGAGCGUCCUCAGUGCUGCGCACGUGAACCCCGACUUCAAGCCGUCAGCCUUCAUGAAGCUGGCUGACCGCGUGCGCACAGAGCUGCUCAAGGAGGUGCGCGGGGUGAAGCAGCAGGUGCUCUCCACCCUGGUGCAGGAAAAGCUGCUCGCUGCCGCUGUGCGGGCCGAGAGCGGCCGCGGCGUGGGAGGGAGAGGCGGCAAGGGGGAGAGAGGAGGAGGGGUGAAGGGAGGAGGAAAGGGAGGAGGGAAGGGAGUGGUUGGGAAAACGGAGGAGGCGGGGAAGGAGGAGGAGGGGUGUGGAGGGGGCGUGGUGGAUCAGCUGCUGUUCUGGGAGAGGCGACGGGCCAUGCGGCAACGGUACCGGCAGCGGCAGAGGAAGCGAGCCGCUGCCCUGCUGGCUGAACUAGAGGCUGAGAGGGCAGAACGAGGCGAGGUAGAGGGAACGGGCAAGGGCAAGAAGGGCAAGAAGGGGAGGAAGGGGAGGAAGGGGAGAGGAGAUGAGGAGGAAGAGGAGGAGUGGGGGGAGGACGAGGAGGAUGCGGUGGAGGGUCUGUAUGUGUACUCGGGUGGCAGGAUGGACCCUGAGCUGGUGGCGUACUUCAGUGCCGUUGUGCUGCUGGCUGCCACAGGGCAAAUGCCGUUGUGCUGCUUGCAGCUACAGGCCAAAGUAAGUGAGUCGGGCUUUGCGGCACCCCUCAGGCUGCCUCAAAGCCCAAAGGGGGAUGCGGUGGAGGGGCUGUAUGGGUAUUUGGAUGGCAGGAUGGACCCUGAGCUGGUGGCGCACUUCAGUGCCGUUGUGCUGCUGGCUGCCACAGGCCAAAUGCCGGACGUCAUCUCCUUGGCGCGUGUGAGCGUGUCAUACGCAUGGAACCUGGACGGCAUCACAACAUGCACGUACAUGCCGCUGCUCUCCGACCCCUCCCACCCGCUCUACAUGCGCAUCCCCCUCGACCCCACCAACCCCUCCGCCUCGCCGCCGUCACCCGGUAACCACCCGGUGGUAACCGCACUCUCGCUUGCCCUGGACGUCACUGCCAGCAGCCUGCAGCGGCCGAUAUCAGAUCUCAUGACUGCAAUGAUUGCUCUCGACGAGGUCGGGCGGCGACUGAUAGAGACGGAGCCCAUCUGCCACAUGGCGCAGCACUCUGAGAUUCUAUCCGAGACCCUGGAUAAGGUGAGUGACGCUCGGUGUGCCACAUGA